AUAGAGCUUCUCAAGGGAAAUUUAAGAGGGGAGGGGAUACUGUUCAUAAGAAAUUGGAAACUGUAUUACAUUUAUAUGGAUAGACACAAACAAUAAAUUUUUUGAUAUUUGUUGUAACAUUUUUGUAGUGAUCUGUGAGAGGAAACUUAAAGGCUGAAAGCAUGUGAAGGAAAAAAAUGUUUCGUUUUUCAAUGAAGGAUGACAUCGAAUUGCUGAAAGAAGUGUCGAGUGUUAAUCCCUUUUCUGGGGACUCGGUAAAUAAGUGGGCAGAAAUUGCAGAAAAUUUUAUGAUGGCUCAUGAAGGAGUAGCCCUGGAUGGAAGGCGCUGCCGAGAGAGGACAAGUCUCCUUCUUUCAUAUUUUAAAGCAGAUGAUAGAGAUAAGCUGUACAGAUCUGGAACUGACGAAGAGUAUGGCGAGAAAGAACAGUUGUUACAGGAAGUCCUAGAAUUAUCUGAGCAGGUCAAAUUCAAAACUGAAAAAGGCAAAGAUGAAAGCCAAAAAGCGCAAUUAAUACGGAAAAGGGCGAUCGAAAACAUGAAAACAGCUACCUCUGAUGAGAACGAUGACAGUCAGUGUUCAGUGAAGAGAAGAAAAUCUAAUACUAUGAUCGACUUCCUCACUCAUAAGACUGAGAGCGAAAACAAAUUGAAUCAAGAAAAAAUUGAGCUAGAAAAAAAGAAGCUGGAGUUAGAUGAGAAAAAAUAGCAGCUGGACCAAGAAAGAUUCCGGUUAGAGAAAGAGGAAAGAACUGCAAUGAUUGAUUUAUGCAGACAGUUAAUCGAGUAAAAAAACUAACUGUUUAACUGCAGCCAGUAUUUAUUAAUAGCAUUUAACUUUUUUCAUUAUGUUAAAAAUGAGAGCUAAUAAACUUUUACUUUAUCUGUUGUUAAUAUAUUGUUCUAAAG